AUGCUUAGAACUUCAUCUUUCUUUACCACAUCUCUUACUAGAUCUGCUCUAUUACAAGCAAACAGAACUUUUGCAACAUCAUUAGCUUCCAGAUUAGCCAUCCCAGCCACCCAAAAAGCUGUAGUUUUCGACACAAACAAUGGUCCAUUAGUUUACAAAGAUAUCCCGGUUCCAACCCCUAAACCUACCGAAAUCUUGGUGAAUGUCAAGUAUUCUGGGGUCUGUCACACUGAUUUGCACGCCUGGAAAGGUGACUGGCCAUUGGCCGUCAAAUUGCCAUUGGUUGGUGGUCACGAAGGUGCCGGUAUUGUCGUCGCCAAAGGGUCGGCAGUUACAAAUUUCCAAAUUGGUGAUUUGGCCGGUAUCAAGUGGUUGAACGGGUCUUGUCAAUCUUGUGAAUUCUGUGAACAAGGUAACGAAUCCAAUUGUCCUCAAGCCGAUUUGUCUGGUUACACUCACGACGGUUCCUUCCAACAAUAUGCCACUGCCGAUGCUGUUCAAGCCGCCAAAAUCCCAAAGGGUACUGACUUGGCCGAAGUCGCCCCAAUCUUAUGUGCUGGUGUCACUGUCUACAAGGCCUUGAAGACCGCCGGCUUAAGCCCAGGUCAGUGGGUUGCCAUCUCCGGUGCUGCUGGUGGUUUGGGUUCUCUUGCCAUCCAAUACGGUAAGGCUAUGGGUUACAAAGUUUUGGCUAUCGAUGGCGGUGAAGAUAAGGGUAAAUUCUGUAUGGAAUUGGGUGCCGAUGCCUUUGUCGAUUUCCGUACUUCGAAGAAUCUUGUGGAAGAUAUUCAAAAAGCUACCAGGGGUGGCCCUCACGGUGUCAUUAACGUUAGUGUCUCUGAAAAGGCCAUUUCCCAAUCUUGUGAAUACGUCAGAGCUUGUGGUACUGUUGUUCUUGUUGGGUUGCCUGCAGGUGCUGUAGCAAAGGCUCCUGUGUUCGAUGCCGUUGUCAAGAGUAUAUCUAUCAGAGGUUCAUAUGUUGGUAACAGAGCUGACACCAGAGAAGCUAUUCAGUUCUUCGCUGAUGGAAAAGUCAAGAGUCCAAUCAAGAUUGUUCCAUUGAGGGAAUUGCCUAAGGUUUAUGAAUUGAUGGAACAAGGUAAGAUCGCUGGUAGAUAUGUUUUGGAUUGUCAAGAUGUUUAA